GAGCCGGACAUUGGGCGCUGCUGUUAGCUGAAUAUAAAUUUUUAUUUCCAAGAAAAAAAGUCAUUAAUAAGCAAUUUUUAAGCACGUCUAAAGUAUUAUUUUAAAUUGUGUCGUUUUGUCGUGUAAUUUUAAAUCUAUUUAAUUAAUCUCCUCUGUACAGUAUUUAUUUUUUUAGCAAGCAACCCGGUUAGCAUCUUUGUUGAAAGUUUAGGCCUGCUGUACCACCGCUUGUCGAUUUUAACAAUAGCUGCGAUUUGCUUACAUUUUUUUAGUCGUUUUGAGUCAUUCCGAGGAUUAUUUUACGAACCAACAAUGACCGAUGAUGGGAUAUAAACCCGGUUCCCGAAUGUUUUAGUGAGUGAGAUUCUUGUGAUGUUAGCGGACUUAACAUUUCUGUGGAACUGAAGACAUUUGCGAGUUGCAUCAUAAAACAACUUCAGGAUCACAAAGAGGAUGUCUAACGGCGCUGCAGGAAACGGGGGUCUCCCCUGGUUGGAGGCUGCCAAUGGCAGAGGAGACGUUGGAAAGACGGAAGUUACCAAGAAAGACAAGGCCGCCUCCAAGUUAUCUGUGGAGCGAGUGUACCAGAAGAAGACCCAGCUGGAGCACAUCCUUCUCCGUCCAGACACAUACGUGGGCUCCUUGCAGCCCGUCACCCAGCAAAUGUGGGUGUUUGAUGAAGAUGUAGGGAUGAACCAGAGGGAGAUCACCUAUGUUCCAGGACUCUACAAAAUAUUUGAUGAAAUUCUCGUUAAUGCAGCGGACAACAAACAACGUGACAAAAACAUGACUGGUAUCAAGAUCACCAUCGACCCCGACUCGAACACGAUCUCCAUCUGGAACAAUGGCAAAGGCAUUCCUGUGGUUGAGCAUAAAGAUGAGAAGAUGUAUGUUCCGGCUCUGAUUUUUGGGCACCUGCUCACCUCCAGUAACUAUGACGAUGAUGAGAAGAAGGUCACAGGUGGAAGGAACGGGUUUGGUGCUAAACUCUGCAACAUCUUCAGCACCAAGUUCACCGUGGAAACGGCCUGCAAAGAGUACAGGCACAGUUUCAAGCAGACAUGGCAAAACAACAUGUGCAAGACCUCUGAGCCCAAGAUCAAGUUCUUUGAUGGAGAUGACUUCACAUGUGUGACAUUCCAGCCGGACCUGGAGAAGUUCAAGAUGGAGAAACUGGACAAGGAUAUUGUAGCGCUCCUGACCCGCAGAGCGUAUGAUGUAGCUGGCUCUUGCAAAGGGGUCAAAGUCUCUCUCAAUGGAAAAAAACUACCUGUCCACGGGUUCCGCAGCUACGUGGAUCUGUAUGUGAAGGACAAACUGGACGAGACUGGUGUCCCCUUGAAGGUGGUGCAUGAAACUGUGAAUGAGCGGUGGGAAGUUUGUCUCACCAUGAGCGAGAAAGGUUUCCAACAGAUAAGCUUUGUUAACAGCAUCGCCACAACGAAGGGUGGCAGACACAUUGACUACGUGGUGGACCAGAUUGUGACCAAACUUAUUGAAGUGGUAAAGAAGAAGAACAAAGCAGGCGUGUCAGUCAAACCCUUCCAGGUGAAGAACCACAUCUGGGUCUUUGUGAAUGCGCUGAUCGAGAAUCCAACUUUUGACUCCCAGACCAAGGAGAACAUGACCCUUCAGACUAAGAACUUUGGGUCUAAAUGCCUGAUGUCAGACAAGUUUGUCAGAGCGGCGACCAACUGUGGCAUUGUAGAAAGUAUCCUCAACUGGGUGAAGUUCAAAGCUCAGACACAGCUGAACAAGAAGUGCUCGUCUGUCAAACACAGCAAGAUCAAAGGCAUUCCCAAGCUAGACGACGCCAACGAUGCAGGUGGCAGAUACUCCUCUGAAUGCACACUCAUCCUCACUGAGGGAGACUCAGCCAAGUCUCUGGCUGUCUCUGGGCUGGGAGUCAUCGGACGUGACCGCUACGGCGUGUUCCCGCUGAGAGGAAAGAUUCUGAAUGUGCGAGAGGCGACGCACAAGCAGAUUAUGGAAAAUGCUGAAAUAAACAACAUCAUCAAAAUCGUUGGGCUGCAGUACAAGAAGAGCUACGACGACCCAGAGUCUCUGAGGAGCCUGCGUUAUGGCAGGAUCAUGAUCAUGACAGAUCAGGAUCAAGAUGGCUCCCAUAUCAAAGGUCUGCUCAUCAACUUCUUCCACCACAACUGGCCCUCCCUGCUCAAACACACCUUCCUGGAGCAGUUCAUCACACCGAUUGUCAAAGCCACGAAGAACAAGCAGGAGCUGGCUUUCUACAGCCUGCCAGAGUUUGAGGAGUGGAAGAAACAAACCGAGAACUUUAAAACCUGGCAUAUAAAGUACUACAAAGGUUUGGGUACAAGCACAAGCAAAGAGGCUAAGGAGUACUUUGCUGACAUGGAGAGGCAUCGAAUCACAUUCCGGUAUAAUGGUGCUGAGGACGAUGCCGCCAUCACUCUGGCGUUCAGCAAAAAGAAAACCGAUGACAGGAAGGAGUGGCUGACAAACUUCAUGGAGGACAGACGUCAGAGGAGGAUGCACGGCCUUCCAGAGCAAUACCUUUAUGGAACUCAGGCCAAACACCUGUCGUACAACGACUUCAUCAACAAAGAACUGAUUCUCUUCUCCAACUCUGACAAUGAGAGAUCCAUCCCAUCCUUAGUCGAUGGCUUAAAGCCAGGUCAAAGGAAGGUGUUGUUCACCUGUGUGAAGAGGAAUGACAAGAGAGAAGUGAAGGUUGCUCAGCUGGCCGGUUCUGUGGCUGAGAUGUCUGCCUACCAUCACGGAGAGCAAGCUCUCAUGAUGACCAUCGUGAACUUGGCCCAGAACUUUGUGGGGAGCAACAACGUAAACAUUCUGCAGCCACUGGGUCAGUUUGGAACUCGCAUUAAUGGAGGGAAAGAUGCUGCCAGCCCUCGUUACAUCUUCACCAUGCUCAGUCCUCUUGCCAAGUUGUUGUUCCCAGCGGUGGACUCCAACCUACUGAAGUUCCUGUACGACGACAACCAGAAGGUGGAGCCAGAGUGGUACAUUCCCAUCAUCCCCAUGGUUCUGGUGAACGGCGCCGAGGGCAUCGGGACGGGCUGGGCUUGUAAGAUCCCGAACUACGACACCAGAGAGAUCGUUAACAACAUCAACAGGAUGCUAAACCACCAGGACCCCCUGCCAAUGCUUCCCAGUUACAAAAACUUCAAAGGGGUUAUCCAUGAGCUGGGACACAACCAGUACCUGGUCAGUGGAGAAGUGUCGGUCCUGGACAAAAACACGGUGGAGAUCACAGAGCUUCCUGUGCGGACGUGGACUCAGGCUUAUAAGGAGUCUGUGCUGGAGCCCAUGCUGCAAGGCACCGACAAGACCCCGGCUCUUAUCAAUGAUUAUAAGGAAUACCACACAGACACCACUGUGAAGUUCGUGGUUCGUAUGUCUGAGGAGAAGUUGGCUCAAGCUGAAGCAGUCGGUCUCCAUAAAGUCUUCAAACUGCAGUCCAGCCUCACGUGCAACUCCAUGGUUCUGUUUGACCACAUGGGGUGUCUGAAGAGGUAUGACUCAGUCCAGGACAUCCUGAAGGAAUUCUUUGAACUCCGUCUGCAUUAUUACAAACUGAGGAAAGACUGGCUGGUGGGGAGUCUCGGAUCUGAGGCUGCCAAACUGUCCAAUCAGGCUCGCUUUGUGCUGGAGAAAAUAGAAGGAAAAGUUUCUAUAGAGAACAAAUCUAAACGGGAACUGAUCCGCAUGUUGGUGCAGAAAGGUUACGAAUCUGACCCGGUCGCUGCCUGGACCAAAGCUCAGGAAAAGGCCCAGGAGGAAGACUACCCUGAUGCGAAUGACAGUGACAGCUCGGUGGAUUCUGGCCCCACGUCUGGUCCAAACUUCAACUACAUCCUCAACAUGCCUCUGUGGUGUCUGACUAAAGAGAAGGUUGAGGAGUUGCUCAAGCAAAGGGAUCAGAAGAGAAGUGAACUCAACAAUCUGCAGAAGAAAUCUUCUGAGGAUCUGUGGAAGGAGGACUUGGCUGUCUUCAUCGAGGAGCUAGAUAAUGUGGAGACCAUGGAGAAAGAAGAGCAGAAUUCAGGAAAGGCCAUCAAACUGGUGAAGGGUAAAGUGGGCAAACCUAAAGCCAAGAAGAUGAACCUGGAGGAGACCAUGCCUUCACCGUUUGGCCGUAGGGUGGAUCCGCCCACCCAGCCAAUAAAAUCGGAUGCAGCCAAAAAACUCGGCAAGAAAAAGAAGAGUGACUUAGACGCUGUUAAGAUGGAGUUAGAUGAUGAUGGUUUGGGAGGUGAAGGAGCAGCUGGAGAAAACUCAGUGUCCAAACCCAAAACCCCACGAGUGAAGAAGGAGAAGAAAGAGCCGGGAACUCCCCGAGUCAGGAAACCUCCCGCACCCAAAGGUGCUUCAGUUAAGAAGGUGAAGAAGAGAAACCCCUGGUCGGACGAUGAGUCCAAGUCUGACAGCGACCUGGAGGAAAACGAGCCCAUCAUUCCCAGAGAGACCAAGUCUCAGAGAGCAUCAGCUUCCAAGCCAAAAUACACGUUUGACUUCUCAGAGGAGGAGGAGGACGCAGAUGAAGAGGAAAACGGUGACGACAACGUGGCUUCAUCCCCUGUGAGGUCCGUCAAGGAUGACUUUGGUUUCUCAGAAUCCAAGGACCAAUACAGCGACCAAAAUGAUGAGGAUGAGGAUGAAGAUGACAACAAUGAAGACUCUUUCUGCCCACCCAAACAGCAGAAGACCAAGCCUGCUCCUGCAACGAAACAGAACGAGACAGCCAGCAUCUUCUCAUCCAAGUCGGUCUUCUCUGAAAAGAGCAACGACAGUGCAGAUGGGUCCAAGUCUGAAAGUGAUGACGACAACGGCCCGACGUUCUCCACCUACUCCAGCAGCUCCGCAUUUGAUAAACUACUGCCAGCAAAGAAAGCAGCUAAAAAGUCGUCUGAUGCCGUUCCCAAACCUAAGAAACCACCAGCACCAAAAACAAAGAAACCAGAUAAAUCUAUCUGGGAUUCUGACUCCGACGCUGAGUCCAAGAAACCAACCUCUGCUGUUAAAGGUAAAGGCCGGGGGAAGAAGAGGAAGGGUUCGGGAUCAGAAGACGAAUACAGUCCCAUGAAGAAAGCACUGAAACCUGUUGGCAAGAAGCCUGCCAAGCCUCCGUCUGAUGAGGAGGAUGAAGAAGACGGCACCACCAUCAGCAACAAGAAAGGCCCGUCUCGCGACAGGCCGGGUCGGGCCCGGAAGGAGGUGAAAUACUUCCAUGAGUCGGAUAACGAGGAAGAUGACGACGAUGACAUGUUUGACUAGAUCAGCCUUCAGUCCUGUUCUGAUUCCCUCUGCUUGAAGGGAGGUUCCCUCCUGGUUUCCCACAGAAUUUUGUACAUUUUCUGUUUUAUUUUGACUUUUCAUUAAUGGUGGUGUUCAAUGGUUUUUUUAUUGAUGUGUAGUUGUUUUACACUUUUUAUUAAUAUACAUAUACAACUUUGUUUUUUUUACGCUCAUUGAGAUGUUCUGUAUGUGUCUGAAGCAGCUUUUAGAGGAUUAGAGCGCCAGUCUUUAGCCCAUUUGAACUAAAAUAAUAUGUAUCUUUUUGAACAUGAAGUAAAAGUAAAUGAAAUGUU